AUGGCACCUCCAAAGCAAAUAGGGCCACCACAACGCACUAUAAAACGUCCGGCCCUUAGCGAUGUCAUCCCUACUAAACCAUUGGCUCCAAUUACACUCAGACACCCGCCAAAUAAAAAUGUGACAACAACGGUUGUUGGGGGUACAGCUGCUGUAUAUACAAGAAGAAGAGUGACGCGUGAAAAUUUGGGCGCUAUUGAAAACCACCAUCACCAUCAUAGCCAGACAUUGAUAACUCGUGAAGAAAAGGCUGUGAGUAAUAAUAGACAACAAGAAAGAGUUAAUAAAAAUGUUUCAACAACUUCAGUUGCUGUCGCCGCUUCCAAUGUUACUAGAACUGUUGCUGCUUCUACUACUUCCACCACUACAACAUCCUCACAUCAUUCAAAGAGAAUCAAAGUUCAGGAGGAAUGGGAAGAUCUUGAUAAAAACGAUGUUAACGAUCCGUUGAUGGUCUCAGAAUAUGUUGUUGAAAUAUUUGAAUAUUUGCAUGAGCUUGAAAAAGAAACAAUGCCGAAUCCCAACUACAUGGAAUUCCAAAAAGAAUUACAAUGGAAAAUGCGCUUGAUACUAGUCGACUGGCUCGUCGAAAUCCACAACAAACUCCGUCUUUUACCCGAAACAUUAUUUCUAACCGUUAACAUUGUCGAUCGCUUCCUCUCGGUACGCGUCGUCUCGCUAGUGAAACUCCAGCUGGUGGGAAUCACGUCAAUGUUUAUUGCGGCGAAAUAUGAGGAAAUUUGUGGUCCAUCAAUCAAGAAUUUCAUCGUCCUCUCCGACGGCGGGUACUCUGAAGCAGAAAUGUUGAAGGCCGAACAGUAUAUACUGCAAACGCUCGAUUUCAAAUUGAGUUAUCCAUCACCGAUGAAUUUUUUGAGGCGAGAUUCCAAAGCGGAUAAUUACGAAGUUAAUGCUCGCACUAUUGCAAAGUAUCUUCUUGAGAUCAUGUUGCUGGAUCAUCGGUUCUUGGCUACACCACCGUCUAAAGCUGCUGCUGUCGCUUUAUAUCUUGCGCGUUAUGUGAUUGGAAAUAUAGAAUGGCAUGCAAAUUUAGUACAUUAUUCGACAUACACUGAAGAACAACUUUUGCCGAAUAUCGAAUUGCUCAUUGACCAUCUGAAAAAACCUAGAAAAGUAGAGGCAGUAUAUAGGAAAUAUUCGGCUAAACGAUUCAUACGAGCCAGCGUCUACGUGCAGGAAUGGAUCAACAGAAAUUAUAGGGACACCACUGCCACCACAACAGAAAAUUAUCGUUAA